GCAUUGCGCUUUUUUUAGUACUCUAUUCUAUUGUAUCACAAAAACCUAUUUUAAUUGAGUAAAUUAAUAAACAUAGAGCCACUGAAACUUAUUUAAUUGCACACUUGAAAAAUAUCUUGGAUUUUCUUUUAAAUCAAAGGGUUUUAUUUAUUUUGUACUUUUUCACGGUCACACUGUCCAAAGUCAUGUCGUCCGCCAAACCGCAUAUUUUGAUUAUCGAGCCGUUUUACGGAGGCAGCCACAAACAGCUGAUCAGCACACUGAUCGAGGGUCUCUGCCCGGCAGAUUACGAGCUUUUCAGCCUUCCCGCUAAGAAAUGGCACUGGCGAGCUCGCACCUCCGCAUUGUAUUUUUCGCAGCUGAUACCCAUCGAUCACGAAUACAGGGUGCUGUUUGCCAGCUCCGUUUUGAGUCUAGCCGAGCUGAUUGGAGUGCGACCUGAUCUCUGCCAGUGUCGGAAGAUCGUCUACUUUCACGAAAACCAGCUGGUCUAUCCGGUGCGCGAGGUAAAGAAGCGGGACUGUCAGUACGGACUUAACGAGAUCCUUUCCUGUCUAGCCGCGGACAUUGUGCUCUUCAAUUCUCAAUUUAAUCACACAUCCUUUUUGGAUAAUGUGCAACCGUUUCUCAAUAUUCAGCCUGACUUCAAGUUGAAGCGGAUUCGGGAGAAAAUUGAGAAGAAAUGUCAAGUACUGUACUUCCCUGUCAAGUUUGACAAAAUGCCAAAGAGGACGAUGAAUCACCCCGGCAACGGGGAUACUGACUUGGAUAAGGAUCGGGAUCAAGAGUGCCUGCACCUCAUAUGGCCACAUCGCUGGGAGCACGAUAAAAAUCCAAUGCUCUUGGUCGAGGUCCUUUGCGAGCUCAAUAGAAGUGAUGUGAACUUCAAGGUGACCAUCUGUGGCGAGAGCUGCCAGGAGACUCCAGAGGCCUUCGACAAUAUAAAGGAAAAGCUGGGCACCAAGCUCGUUAACUUUGGCCAUCUGGAACGAGAGGACUAUCUGAAGACACUUAUCGCCGGUGACAUUGUCAUUUCAACUGCCGACCACGAGUUUUUUGGCGUGGCAAUGCUGGAGGCUACUUUUUGCGGCUGUUAUCCGAUUGUCCCCAAUAAAUUGGUGUACCCCGAGAUCUAUCCAAAGGACAACCUUUACAACACGUCCAACGCGCUCACCAAAAAGCUUCGCAACUGGUGCAAAAAUCCCCGGGCCUUUCGCAAGCAUCGCGAUCAGUUUUUUGAGACGUUUAAUUUCGAUCCUUUCUCGGCACAGCAACUUGUUCCCAAAUAUGUGGACAUAUUAAACAGAGAUAUAAAUUGAAUAUACCUCAAGCAGUGUUGGCGAUUACCUAGAUACUUGUACCUAACUAAAAUUAAAUUAGAGCCUGUCUUGUAUCUUUCUUAGUUACUCAUUGGAGUUUAGCUUAAGAAUGAGCUAAGCCAGCAUUUAUGUAUUUGCAUAUGUUAUUUAAGCACAUUAUAAAUGACAAAUGGAAAAUUAUAAAUUCAUCCAGAUUUACAAUUAUUAACAUGUUAUGAAAGGCAAAGUGCACUACCUUUACAGCUUUUGAAUAAGAUAUCCCGCUAAAAUCGUACAAAAUUCCAUCUCAAAUUGAGCAAGGUAAAUUAUCGUAAUAUUUUUUAUAGGUGCUGGUAGAUAUAGUCCUCCUUUUUUGAAAACAUCAUCGUUUUGCUGAAAUCAAAGAGCGCGAUUUGUUUUCAAGAACAACAACA